AUGUAUAGUACUAUUAGUAAGCCUUGUUUUACAAUAUUUAUGAUUUAUUUACUUGCUCAUUUUCAAGCAAGUGAUCGACAACAUCGUUAUUCAUUUGAAGUUGUCAAUAAUGAAUAUGUAGAUAAGAAUGGCAACUUAAUCAAUGAUCGUAUUCCUCGGUUAAAAAACUUUUUUAAGCGACGGAUAAAUAGUUAUACAUACACAAUUGAUGUUGUCAAAGCACAACAGCUUCAUAUACCACAACAACUUGGACAACAAUAUCAAGAUAAUACUAAUAAUAAUGGUCAAUAUCAAUAUGAUAAUAAUUAUUACCCAGGACGAUGA